AUGACGGACGCUUCCAAGUACAAGAAGCUCACCCCGAUCGAUCAUGUCCUGCUUCGGCCGGAGAUGUACGUGGGCAGCAUCGAGACCCAGCCCACGCCGAUGUUCGUCUUCGACCCCGCCAUGGGCAAGAUGGUGUGGCAGACAAUGCAGGUGAACCAAGGUCUGCUUAAAAUUGUGGACGAGAUCUUGCUGAACGCAUCGGAUAACAUCAACAACGGCACCCGCGGGACUCGCAUGACGUACAUCAGCAUCAGCAUCUCCGACAGCGGCGAAAUCACCGUCGAGAACGACGGGGCCGGGCUGCCGAUCGUGCGCAGCAAGGAGCACAAAAUGUACAUCCCCGAGAUGGUGUUCGGCCACCUCCUCACCAGCUCCAACUACAACAACGACGCGUCCUCGACGACGGCGGGGCGGCACGGCUACGGUGCGAAGUUGACGAACAUCUUAUCCACCAAGUUCUCCGUCGUGUGCCGCACGGCAGGGAGGGAGUUCCACAUGAGCUGGACGGACCACAUGCGCAUGGCCACCACGCCGCGUGUGUCGAACGUGGACCCGAAGGAGAGGAACAUGACGCGGGUCAAGUUCCUGCCCGACUACGCCCACUUCGGCUUCCCCAACUCCACCAUCUCGCUGGACAUGAAGCGCGUCCUGCACAAGCGCAUCAUGGACCUCGCCGCGAUGUUCCCCAAGCUCGAGGUGCGGCUGAACAACGUCCCGUUCGGUUUCCAGUCCUUCAACGACUACGCCCGGCUUUACUCCCUCCCCGGGCCCGACAAGGCGAUGCCGCCGGAACCGUUUGUCCAUAGCGGCCCCAACGGGAGCGUCGCCUUUGUGCCGCAGCUCGUGCAGAGCCCCAAGCGCAUCGUGGGGGUGGUGAACGGUGUGGUCACCUACAACGGCGGCACGCACUGCAACGCGGCGAUGGAGAUACUCGAGUCCAGCCUCGAAACGCUCAGUAGAACGCUCAAGAAGGAGGGCAAGGUGGUGGACACGAACCGCGUAGCACGCCACUUCACCGUCCUCGUGUUUCUGAUUCAGUCGCAGCCGAAGUUCGACUCGCAGAGCAAGGCGCGACUUGUGUCGACGGUGACGAUGCCGCGGGUGCCGCGCAGCGCCCUGGACAAGUACCUGGAGGCGAUGCCAUUUCUCGAGUCACACGUGAACUCGCUUGAUGAUCAACUGGCCUCCGAGCUCAACAAGGAAAUCGGCGCCGGCAAGCGCCUGAGCAGCAAGUCGCUCAUCUCCUCCAUUACGAAGUUGGUGGAUGCGACGUCGACGCGGCCGGACGGCAAGAAUACCCGCACGCUAAUCGUGACCGAAGGCGACUCGGCGAAGGCGCUCGCGCUGAAUUCGUUGUCGAGCGAGCAGAAGAAGUUCUGCGGCGUCUUCCCGCUGCGCGGCAAGCUGCUGAACGUGCGUAAUAAGAACCUCAAGCGUCUGAAGACGUGUAAGGAGCUCCAAGACCUGUUCUUAGCUCUUGGACUGGAGCUUGGCAAGACCUACAAGUCGCCGAAUGAGCUGCGGUAUCAGCGGCUGCUCGUUAUGACGGAUCAGGACGCGGAUGGCUCGCACAUUAAAGGUCUGGUCAUCAACGCCUUUGAGUCGCUGUGGCCGAGCCUGCUGCAGCACAACCCCGGCUACAUCUCUCUCUUCUCCACCCCGAUUGUGAAGAUCAAGCUGAACGGCAAGGCGAAGGAGGUGAUCGCCUUCCACAGCUUCCGCGACCUGCACCGCUGGCAGCGCGCCAACCCCAAUGCGAAGUAUACGGCGAAGUACUACAAAGGUCUCGGGACGUCGACGACCGCAGAGGGAAAGGAGUACUUCGCCGACAUGGAGCGCAACGUCAUGCGGCUCACGGUGGACGCGAAAGACCACCGACUGCUCGACAGCGUCUUCGACUCCGCCGAGGUGGGGUGGCGAAAGGAGUGGAUGUCCAAGGCGAACGCUUUCCAAGGCGAAAUCGACAUCGACCGUAGCAAAAAGACGCUGACGAUACCCGAAUUCGUGCACAAGGAGAUGGUGCACUUUGCGUUGGUCGGCAACGCGCGCGCCAUCCCGCACUGCGUCGAUGGGCUGAAGCCGUCACAGCGUAAAAUUCUAUGGGCGAUGCUGAAGCGGAGCAGCACCGAGGCCGCGAAGGUGGCGCAGCUGUCCGGCUACAUUUCCGAGGUCUCCGCCUUCCACCACGGCGAGGUGUCGCUGCAGGAGACGAUCGUCAAGAUGGCGCAGAACUUCACAGGCGCCAACAACAUCAACCUGCUCGUGCCGGAGGGCCAGUUCGGCUCGCGGCAGCAGCUCGGCAACGAUCACGCCGCCCCACGCUAUAUCUUUACCAAACUGAGCCGCUUUGCGCGUCUUCUCUUCCCGGAGGAGGACGACCCGCUGUUGGACUUCAUGGACGAGGAAGGCACGCCGGUCGAGCCGAACCACUAUGUGCCAAUUCUGCCGCUGCUGCUCUGCAACGGUGCGGUGGGUAUCGGCUUCGGCUUUGCGACGAACAUCCCGUCCUUCCACCCCCUCGACGUGUCCGCCGCGGUGCGCUCGAUGAUCAACGGCGAGUCGGCGAAGCAGGUUGUGCGUAACCUCGUUCCCUGGGCCGUUGGCUUUCAGGGCACCAUUCGUCGCGGCGCGGAUGGGGAGUUCAUUUCCGUGGGGAAGUACACGGCGCACCGCAACGGCCGCUUUCACGUGUCGGAGCUCCCGUGGACGACGAGCAUCGAGGCCUUUCGCGUGCACAUCUCGUCCCUCGCCACGGCCGACGUGGUGCAGCGUAUUGCGGACUACUCGGGAGCCAAUCACAUCGAUAUUGACUUGAUUGUGCGCGAAGGGGCGCUGACCACCUGGGCGGAGUGUGAGGCCGACCUCGCCCUCAGUCAGCGCAUUUACGUGAACGGCACGGUCUUCUCGCCGGACGGGACGUUAAGCCCGAUCGACACGGAUCUUUCCCCGGUGCUGCAGUGGCACUACGACCGCCGUCUCGACGUGUACAAGCGCCGCCGCACCCGUAAGAUCGGGCUGAUGGAGAUGGACCUCGCGCGGCUGCAGUCGACGCGCAAGUUCGUGGAGUACUUCCGCGAAGGCAAGAUUGACUUCCUCACCGCCACGGAGGAGUCGCUGACGAAGGUGUGCGUGAAGCUUGGCCUGGUGCGGGUGGACGACAGCUACGACUACAUCCUGCGGAAGCCGAUCACCUUCUUUACCAAGACGAACACCGAGAAGCUGCAGGCGGAUGUUAAGAAGACACAGGACCAGAUCGCGGUGCUGAAGCAGACAACGCCCGUGAAGAUGUGGCUGAACGACCUGGACAGGUUUGACAAGACAUUUCAGGAGUACGAGCGGGUACUCAUCAACUCCAUCCAGAAGGAGCAGCGCUCGGCGAGCAUCACGGGCGGCGAGGAGAUCCCGGCGCUGCGGCAGCCACCUCUGAUGCUGGAGGCGCUGGUGAAAGGGUCCUCCGCCUCCUCGUACCGGGUGCACGCCUGCCGUCACGAGAAGCCGCCAGAGAGCAGGCGGAAGGCAGGCGAAACCUUUGGCGGCGCCGUCUCAACCGGCGGUGCCACGCGCGGGGUCGGCAAGCGGCUGAUGGGUGUGCGGGGGCCGAAGAACAAGAAGCCGAUUGUGCGGCGCCGAUCAGCGAAGAUGAGCCUCCUUGGCACGCGUGUCGCCGAGUUUGCCGGUGCCCAACUCGGUCGUCUCCUGCCGCGGCUUCCGCGAUUUAUCUUCUAA